GAAGUGUUUCACCAGCUGCUCUUAAACAGGGAUCAUAACACACAGCCUGUAAAACUGUUGUGAAAUCAAGCGGAAGGAGAAAAUGCAGUGAGAACAUAUUCCUACUUGUGCUCAAUACACUGUUUGAAAAGCCUCUUGGAUCAGUUGUAAAAUGCAUCGUCACAAAGUUAAAUAACAAGCCUCAACAGUUCUUCCUCUUCUCCCUCUUGGCAAACUGCCACUGAGAGGAGGGACCACACUGAAAGAGAAGAGUUUCAAUUUCCCAGAAAUGAAAGCUGGAGAUUGUCUGAGCGACAGCAGAGCAGCAGUCUCUGUUUCUCUGAAGAAACACUCGACUCAGUAGCUCUUUUCAACACAGCAGGAUCUCUGCAAACUCUGAGUGUAGACAUGUCUGCUGCCAGCUGUCUGCUGACUGAAGAUCAGUUUCUGUGCUCCAUCUGUCUGGAUGUGUUCACUGAUCCAGUCAGCACACCAUGUGGACACAACUUCUGUAAAGCCUGCAUCUCUCAACACUGGGAUAGAAAUGUCCCAAGUCAGUGUCCCAACUGUAAAGAGGUUUUCAACAUAAAGCCUGAGCUGCGGGUCAACACUUUCAUCUCUGAGAUGGCUGCUCAGUUCAGACAGUCAGCUCAACAGAAAGCCAGCAGCAGCAGCUCAGAGCGACAAGUUGUCAAACCAGGAGAAGUUCCCUGUGACGCCUGCACUGGAACCAGACUGAAGGCCCUGAAGUCCUGCCUGGUGUGUCUGGAGUCCUACUGUGAGACUCACCUGGAGCCUCACCUGACAAGAGCAGGCCUGAAGAAACAUCAGCUGAACUACCCUGAGGAGAACCUGGAAGGCAGGAUGUGUGUGAAGCACGAUAAACUGCUGGAGCUGUUCUGUAAGACCGACCAGGUGUGUGUCUGCAUGCUCUGCAGUGUUUCAGACCACAAGACACAUGAUGUUGUUCCUCUGAAAGAAGGAUAUGAAGGAAAGAAGGCUGAGCUGGGGAAGACAGAGGCUGAAACUCAGCAGAUGAUCCAGAAGAGACGACUGAAGAUUCAGGAGAUGAAUCGCUCAGUGGAGCUCAGUAAGGAAGGAGCAGACAGAGAGAUAGCAGAUGGUGUUCAGGUCUUCACCGCUCUGAAGGAGUCUGUUGAGAGAAGCCAGGCCGAGCUCAUCGACACCAUCAAAGAGAAGCAGAGAGAGACAGAGGAACAGGCUGAAGGCUUCAUCAAAGAGCUGGAACAGGAAAUCUCUGAGCUGAAGAAGAGAAGCUCUGAGGUGGAGCAGCUCUCACGCUCUGAAGACCAGCUCCACCUCCUCCAAAGCUUCACGUCCCUGAACGCUGCUCCACCCACCAAGAACUGGACAGAAGUCAGGGUCCGUCCACCUUCAUAUGAGGGGACUGUGAGGAGAGCUGUGACUCAGCUGGAGGAGACGCUCAGUAAACAGAUGAAGAAGCUGCUCCCUGAGGUGGAGCUGAAGAGGGUCCAGCAGUAUGAGGUGGAGGUGACUCUUGAUCCUGAUACAGCACAACCCAAACUCAUCCUGUCUGCUGAUGGAAAACAAGUGAAACAUGUUGAUGUGAAGAAGAAUCUCCCAGACAAUCCAGAGAGAUUUGAUACUUGUACUUGUGUUUUAGCAAAGCAGAGUUUCUCUUCAGGAAGAUGUUAUUACGAGGUUCAGGUUAAAGGGAAGACUGACUGGGAUCUAGGAGUGGCCAGAGAGUCGAUCAACAGGAAGGGAAAGAUCUCACUGUCUCCUCAGAAAGGUUACUGGACGAUAGUGUUGAGGAAUGAAAAUGAGUACUCAGCUUGUGCUGGUCCUUCAGUCCGUCUCUCUCUGAAGUCUCAGCCUCAGAAGGUGGGGGUGUUUGUGGAUUAUGAGGAGGGUCUGGUCUCCUUUUAUGAUGUUGAUGCUGCAGCUCUGAUCUACUCCUUCACUGGCUGCUGCUUCAAAGAGAAACUCUACCCAUACUUUAGUGCUUAUAACAACAAAGGUGGUAAAAACUCUGUCCCUCUGAUCAUCUCUCCUGUCAAUCACACCGAGUCGAACAACCCUUUGAUUUGAAAUCAGGUUCAAUAUCAUGUAAUGUUAUAAAUGGAUGUGUUUUAGGGGAUGGGCGUUGUUUACACUUUAUUAUCAGAUUGUGAUCAAUGCAUUUUUUUCUUUAAAUGUUUUCGUUGCUACUAAAACAGCAAACCGAUUUGACUACAAAUAUUGGAAACGAUCUGAUGAAUUCUAAAAACUCUAUUACCUGCCUUUGAAAUCAUCUAGAGCAACAUAUUCAAAAUGAGAAGCUUUUGUACUUUCCAAACAUGUUGUAGUAGCCACAUAUGAAGCCAUUUCUGUGUUUGUUACGAUACAUGUUUUUUGAGUCACUAUAGGUGGUGGGCGUGUCAUUGGAUUUGUGUGGUGACGUUUGUGCUUAUAUCCGGUUGCUUUUACCUGCGCACUUUGUAUAGAUGGGGGAGUGAGCUAGAGAAGGACAAUUUUUGUUGACCGCACGCACGCACGCAUACAAGGAUAUACGUAUAUGGAUAUGGAAUAUUGCAUUUUUGCUUUGGAAAUAAAAGGUCAAACGCA